UACGUAACUUGGCUACCGAUCAUUUCUAUCGGUGCCACAACAGAGCCCGAUAGCUGAAACUUGGUAAUUAAUGUUUAAAGAGUUUAUGAUAAUGUUAAGUUCGAAGGUUCAGAUUUGUUCACUAUUAAUAUACAGUUGUUCAAUAACGAACAUCGUAUGUACGUUUAGCGCCACUGAGUCUAUAGAAGAUUUGUGUCUUGAUUAUGAAGAUGAUAGAAAUUCUUUGAUAGCUGUGGCUGAGAAAGACAAAUUGGAAGUGUAUGAAGAAUUUUACGAUGAAUUAGACAACAGAAUAAGAGUCGAACAGUCUAUGAACAUGAUCUUUUUUGGACCUCCUAGUUCCUUUUUAAGACUCGAUCCAGAGUCAAUUUUGCAUAUUUUAUCACACACUAAAAAAGAAAUGAUUCCAAUAUCCCGAACUUUAUUAGCAUGGGACAUAAUAACAGAUGGAAAAACAGCUGCUUUCCUACAAGGUCGAGAAUUUUUAGCUUUCGGAUGGCUAUUAAAUGAAGUCCCUGAAGAAGAUCUAUAUUACGUUAAUUUUGGCGAUCCCUCCGUUCUUAAAUACUUUUCGACUAAUCGUUUAAAAUUAGAUCCUCGAAAGUUCGGUGUAUUAGCAGCAGCCUAUAGACGAUAUUUUGGCGAUCAUUGGUACAAUAACAGUACAUUUAUCAACGAACUGGGUUACUUACUAUGUGGCUUUCCACCAACUGACUUGGAAAAAAUAUCGCCCGCAACCUUCAAAGAACUUAGUCUGGAAACUCUAAGCAAAGCCGGAAAAUGUAACUCCAAGCAAGCUCAAACAUUAUAUUCCAUAGCAGUUCAUCCUGAUGCCUACGGUGAGCCAUAUAAAUGGUCAUCUCACGAAAUUGGCAGGCUAAGCGCAUUAUUCACAUGCAUUCCAGAAGCAGAUAUUAGUUCCAUACAGUUAGAAGCUGUUACAGAAAUCAGACCAGAAGUUAUGAGUGCUAUGAAUCAGGAUAAGUUGGAAUUCUUUACUAAGCAGCAGAUUUUGCGAAUGAAUCUAAAAACCAGACGAAUUUAUAUAUUAAGAAUGCAGUUAAAAAGUAGCUACGACAUGGGUGAAAUUGCAAGACAACAAAUCGCUGUAUCAAUUAAACCAUUUGUCCUACAAAUUGUUUUCAACAUUGUUGCCCUGGCUCUUUGUACUUAAUAUUUUUUCUUUGUAAUUAAUCUUUCUAAAAUAAAAUACCAAAAUGAUUUUGGCUUGUUGGUAAUCGUUGACACAUUGUUUAAAAGUAAUAGAAACAAUCGCAUCGAAUUUUGUUUGUUUGUAUAAUAAAUGCCAAUUUGUAAACGGAAACUAAAUAUAAA